AUGCUGACGGUUGAGUACAGGGCAUUUGCCAGAUGGAUCACCCUGACGCAGUCAUUGUCCGGUUUAUUCUGCGCGUCGCUGAACUUCAUCGAUUCCACGCGAACCACGCGGCCCGUAACGUCCUUCCAGCCGACCGGGGACCAUUCGACUGCGAAGAACCUCCAUCUCUUGCACGGAACACUUCCCGGCGAAGUUGUCUGCACGGAGAAUCUGACACCCUUUCUGAAAUUGCUGCCAUGUAAGGGCAAGACCGGCAUUUCCAGUUUGUUUGAUGGUCACAAACUCUUCGAUGCCUCGUGGCAGAGCAUGGCGGUUGACGUGCGCCCUGUCUGUCCGCAGUCGGGUGAAUGUCUUGUGCAGAUCGAACAGACGGUGGAUAUUGCGCUGGAUCUCGAGCGGUCGAAAAGAACUCGGGAUAACCCAAUACCUAGGCCGGUGCCUGCUGAGCAGCUUGUUUGUGACACUUCCAAGUCCUAUCACUCGGAUGACACCUGUUACCCUUUGGAGAACCCGUCCGGAAAGGGAUGGGGCCUGACCGAAGUCUUCGGUCGCAGCAUUAAUGGAGUAUGCCCUCUUGCCGAGGGUCAAGAGGCUGAGGAUGGGCCGGUUUGCCUACGAGUGCCACACGAGCGAGAGGUUUCCGUCUCUCCGGGAGCCAUUGAAUCUAGGAAACCGGACGGAUUCACUCGCUGCUAUACCUUACGGUCCUCUACGCCAUUUGACAUCACCAUACCCGAGCAGGAAUCCACGACGCAGGUUCCUCUAGACGAGCCGAUCUUGCGUGCCGAACGUACGAUCGUGGGCCAUGGACAGGAACGGGGAGGCAUGCGGAACAUCUUCGACAACCCGUCCGAUACAGACGCGGUGGAUUUCAUCUACUUCGAGACCCUACCGUGGUUCCUGCGGCCCUAUAUCCAUACUCUAGAAGCCACAAUCACCGGUCGGGACGGCGUCCGCCGGCCAGUUCCCGCCUCGCAGAUCAUCAGGGAGACGGUCUACCGACCCGCCAUUGACCGAGAACGUGGGACGCAAUUGGAGCUCGCGCUGACCGUCCCCGCCGCAUCGACCGUGACCCUCACCUACGACUUUGAGAAGGCGAUUCUACGGUACACCGAGUAUCCGCCCGACGCCAACCGCGGAUUCAACGUGGCUCCGGCAGUGAUCAAGCUGGGCGCCCCCGACCGCCAGGGCAAUCCCAUCUACAUGCGCACGACCAGCCUGCUUCUGCCUCUGCCCACUCCGGACUUUAGUAUGCCAUAUAACGUGAUCAUCCUCACCAGCACCGUCAUUGCCCUAGCCUUUGGCAGCAUCUUCAACCUUCUGGUCCGUCGGUUUGUCACCGUGGAGGAGGCAGCCGCUCUCACGGCGCAAACGCUCAAGGGGCGGAUUGCCGGGAAAGUGGUCGCGUUGCGCGACAAGAUCAAAGGGAAAGGGGCCAAGGUGGAGUAG